AGCGACACAGUUCGGGGUCCGUCUUCCAUGAUUGCUGGAUAAGUAUAGGCACAAUAUUGUUUGCUGAUUUGUUGCUGACACAAUGCCGUCGUUUUUCUGCAUUCCACUAGCAUGUAAUCGUCAAAUAGACUCGCUUGAUCGUCGACAAAACAAUCUACAGGCUGUACCUCAUGAUAUUGAUCGUUACCGUGGGCUCGAAGAGCUUUUGCUUGCCAUGAAUCACAUCAAAGAGUUGCCAAAGACACUCUUCCGACUCACGAAGCUUCGUUUACUGGAUCUCAGCGAUAAUGACAUUUUCUGCGUUCCUCCUGAAAUUGCUUCCUUAUCCAAUCUCGUAGAGCUCAAUCUUAGUAGAAAUGAUAUAUCUGACUUGCCAGAACAGCUGAAAGAGUGUAAACUGUUGAUGAUUUUGGAUCUUAGCUCAAAUCCGAUUACAAGGUUACCGGAUACGAUAGCGCACUGCGUUUCUCUCACACAUUUGGGGUUAAAUGAUGUGUCGCUAACCCAGCUUCCGGUUGACAUAGGGCAGCUGGUCAACCUCCGUUCGUUGGAAGCUCGAGACAACCUUAUCCGAACAUUGCCUGCUAGCAUAACGCACAUGAAGAACUUGCAAGUUAUCGACCUCGGUCAAAACGAGCUCGAUCAGCUGCCUGCUGAGCUGGGUUCCUUGGAAUCCCUGCGAGAGUUGUACGUCGACUCGAACGACCUGGAAGCUCUUCCUGAACAGCUAACAAAGUGCACUUACCUUGAACAGCUGGAUGCGAGCGAGAAUCGUCUUUCCUCCUUACCUGAGGAGAUCGGGGAUCUUUCUCAGUUGACUGAUGUUAACCUCGCCGACAACGAGCUGCAAACUAUCCCCAAUUCCAUAGGACGAUUGAAGAAAUUGACCAUCUUGAAGUUGGAGAAGAACCACAUCCAUCACCUGACCCAGUCAAUUGGAAGCUGUGAGCAACUAGCCGAAUUGUUCCUGACUCAUAACUUGUUGCAAGAGUUACCAUCUUCCAUUGGGAAUUUAAAGAAUCUAAAAAAUUUGAAUGUCGACCAGAAUAAGCUUUCAGCGAUACCAUCAACGAUCGGCGGUUGUUCAUCAUUAACAGUGCUGUCCUUGCGAGAAAAUGAAAUCACUGAGAUACCCAUGGAUAUAGGAAAGUGUGAGAAGUUGACCGUGUUGGAUUUGUGCAAUAAUCGCUUGAGCCAUCUUCCUUUCACCAUCAACGUUCUAUUCAAAUUACAAGCUCUUUGGUUGAGCGAGAAUCAGUCUCAAGCUAUGCUCAAGCUGCAAGUUGAACGAGAUCCGCGUACUGGUGUGAAAGUGCUUUCCUGUUAUCUGUUGCCACAACUGAGCGCGCAUCCUCAGAACGAUCGAACCGGUCAAAAUCGUACCUUUGUCGGCGGCCCUAAAGUACAUUUUCCCGAUCAAGACGCUACGAUUGACGAGGACAAGUUGCCUGUCGGACAGUUUGAACGACAUGACACUCCACACCCAAAACCGCAGAAGCUGAAAAAAAGCAGCAUUGAUGGGCAUGUGAUACAUCAUGAUGGGCAAAAUCAGAACCAACCGGCCACCCUUGUCCUUUCGAAGAAGCCAGCUCCUGGUAUGGACACUUCACCAACAGGAGUUAUUCCGCAACCUGCUCCUCGCUCGGCGCUCAAGUUUCAAAGUGUUCCGCCCACAGAGUACGAACCAGAACACAAUGUAUCUGCUUCGGAGCCAUCGAUGUCCGAGCGAGUGCAGGACAGACCUGCUGUGACUUCGCCGGCAAACAGAGAUGGUCUUCCUCGAAAAAUCAAGAUCAGCCGUGAUGCCAAUGGACACCUAGGGCUUUCGAUAGCUGGUGGACUCGGGAGUACACCCUUUAUCGAUGGAGACUGUUCUCUUUUCGUCUCACGCGUUACACCUGAUGGUCCUGCUGAUCUGGCAGGUCUUCGCGUCAACGAUAAGUUGAUGAAGGUCAACGACGUUGAUGUUACGUGUGCUUCACAUGACGAAGCUGUUCGAGCAAUGAAUGAGCCUGGAGAGUUUGUCGAACUUUCGAUUCUGAGGCGGGAGAAUGUUGGAACCACGUUUGUGAGAUCUCCGGAACAAUCUUUGGAUGUCUCAUUCAUUACAGACUCCGGUGAAUUGCCUCUCCACAAUCGUGAGACUCUCAGCGUUACGCUAAAGCGUGACGCCUCCGGUUCACCCGGAUUUGCUGUUGCUUCGUCACACGCGGGGGCUAGUGAUGGUCUGUUUAUCAGUUACAUCACUCCGAACGGACCGGCAGGAUCUCAAGGAAAGCUAUGUGUCGGUGACCGCGUAGUGUCCAUCAAUGGUACGCGUCUAAAGGGUGUUCGUCACGAUCAAGCUGUGGCAUUACUCACGGGUAAUCCAUUCGAAGACGUCUAUAUCACAGUAAUGCGUGACUUCAUUCCCCACGUGUCACCGCUCCCUCUACCCUCGACUCCUCUUAUCACUUCUUCACCCACUACUCACUCUCCGCAACCACAUGCCGACAAUCUUCCCGCAAAAUUCUCUUCGACAAAUGUUUCGCCUCUAAACCAAUUUCCUGAUACUUCGUCUUGGGAUGGAACGACAGAGGAGGUGGUGCUUAUGAAAGAAGGAAAAUCACUUGGUUUGUCUAUCGUCGGUGGCUGCGAUCACUCGAGUCAUCCUUUUGGAGUGGACAGGCCUGGGGUAUUCAUUAGCAAAAUUGCUGCGAAUUCUCCCGCUGCAAGAUGCCAUCGUCUUCGUAUUGGCGAUCGAAUUCUUGAAGUGAACGAAAAGGAUAUUCGCAAAGCUCACCACAUUGAAGCUGUUGAAGCUUUGAAGCAGAGUGGCCCGCGCGUGGUUCUGUUGGUUACCCAUGAGCCACAGCCACCCGGGAUGAGAGUGAUUGAGGUAACAAGAAAAGAUGGACAAUCACUUGGGAUAUCGAUUCACGGAGGUGUUGGUAAACCAGCUGCCAAUCCUGCCGAUGAGAGAGACGAAGGAAUAUUCAUAGAAAAGGUGGAACCAUCGAGCGUUUGUCAACGAGCGGGCCUUCAAGUUGGACACCGUUUGAUAGAAGUAAACGGUGACUCGUUGUUAGGUUGUGAUCAAUCCGAAGCGGCGACAAUUCUCCGUUCUUCCAAUGAAUUACGAAUCCUUGUUUGUGAUGGGUAUAACAAACCGAUAAUGCCACGAGUCGACGAUAGAACCAUCACGUCGUCGCAAUCAUCUUCGAGCAACGUGCUAGUGGACGAGAACAAACAAGUGUCGACCGCCUCGAUCUCUACAGUUGCUAACACACCCAUCCAAAAUGGUGACCAUCAUCAAGAACCUUCUCGAUUCGACGAACCUCCGUUGGCCUCGUCCAGUCCUUUGCCCACAACUCCAGUAGUGGCUCCCGCUCCUGCCUCGAAACCGGCUCGACAUCCACCUGCAGUCGCCCCAAAACCAACAUUACGAAACUCGCAGUUACAAAAUGUGCCGGUAGUUGGCGAUAUCACGCAACCGGAAAAGCUUACAUUUGCCUCGAAGAUAAAGAAUUUCGAAAGGGAAAUCGAAGUGCAGAGACUGGCAACAAAGCAGGUUUCCGCCAGUAGCUUGCCGGCUCCAGCAAUGAAGCCCCUAAUCACAGACAACGAUGUGCUAAAAAUGAAAGAAGAAGGACGGAAAAGAACUAACCCCAAUCGCGAGGUUUUGAGCCCGCAAGAGAGUGGAGCUGAGUUCGAGAAGAUACUCGAUGACUGUGUAAAAUCUCGGAUUGGGAGUAAUACGAGAAAGUCUGACAACACAUCACCUUCUUCGCACCUAAUCCAUUCCGACAUUCCUUUGAAUGAAGUGGAAAGGAGAGCUAUGGAGCAGCAAAGACGAAGCGAAUGGCGGGCAGCUCGUUUGAAAAGCCUCGAUCAGGAACGAGCGGAGGCAGAUGCCAUUAUGGAUCGUUUACAACUCAUCUCAUUACCUGCAAUUGGUGAGAAUGUACGUGUUCCUCCUUCGGAGAGGAUACUAAGUAACGAUAUCUCAGUCGAAAGAAGUAUGGUGGUAGAUGCGGUGACUGGUGAGAGAACAGUUACGGUAGUCGAGAAAAGCGUGACCAAGAGAGAGAUCGAUGUUGCGCUUGCUGGAGGAGAAAUCGACUAUGCCGAUAAGUGACUUAUUGUACACGCUUUCUUACCCCUUAUUAAUCAAUUCCAUUUUGUAGCUAAUCUAUGCAUGACCUCAUAAUUAUCAUUUUCUAAGUGCAUCUCAGCUAGGCAUAGCUGUCAAAUCACUUUGAAGCUAUACACUUCCUUGCUUUAUGUUUUUGUAUGCAACUGAGCUCUAUGCCUGAACCAGUUUUUGUUGUUUCUUGUCUGUACAGUAAAUGUCCGUCAACUCAAGCUGGUGGCUAACUAAGAGCUUUAUCAUUUUUCAGCCUGAAGGUUCCUCUCUCUUGCAAUAUCAGAAUUCAUAGCAGAAUCAUUUUCUUACAUUUGCUAAGAAUGAAACGGUAUUCUUGGUUUUUACUUAUUACUAAGCCCUGUUACUUAUCUGUGACAGAUUCCAACGGUGUGAUGGUUCGUCUUAGGUAGCGUUUGAUACAGCGCAUGAAUUGCAACUUCUUGUUUUUGUUGUGGAUGAACCUAAACCACUGCAUCUAACUUAUUCCAUUUUCAUAUUGAAUUUGUGUAUUGUAUGUGGAAAAAAUUUGUGCCUAGAGUUCGUUUCCCUUUUUUGAAUUGGUUUGGAAAGGAUAAUAACCUUUUGUAUCUCUGAUACUUUGCUAUGGAUCGAUCUGCCGUGAUCUUGAGUUCUUCUACUGUCCUCAUGUGGCGCCGUGUUUUCUGUUCUGUUCACGUAUACGAGGUAUACUAUUUAUUGUGAGAACGCUGUUCUUGAAUGAAAUUAUCUGAUUCUGAUCUAAAUUGCGUUUCUACUUCACAGUAGUGAUCCUGUCAGGCAUAUAUGCAAAAACAAUAAUCU